GAAGUAGAAUAUUUAUUCUAAUUUGACAGUACCAAACAAAUAGUUAUUACACAAUGUUUAUUCAUCUGAGUAGUUGAUAAAAAAAUAUUGCAAAAUGAGGAAGGUUUUGUUUCCAACUGCGAAAUGUUGUUACUUCAAACCAAAUAGAUCUUCAUUAAUUAACCUCAAAAAUUCAUAUUCGACGUCAAAUUCUCGACUUAAAAAUUAUUGUUGGAAAUGCGGAGCAGAAAGAACUAAUGCGAAUAUGUUUUGUGAGAAAUGUAAUAUUAUCCAAAACCCUCAAGAAAGAACUAAUUAUUUCAAGUUAUUUGGUAUAGAACAAGUUUUUAAUAUCGAUCAAAAGAUUUUAAAAGAUAAAUUUAGGAAUUUUCAAAGUCAAAUACAUCCUGAUAAGUUUAGUAAUAGUAGUGAGAAAGAACAAAUUAUUUCAGAAGAAUAUUCUUCCUUGGUUAACAAAGCUUAUCAUAAAUUAAUGUCACCUAUGCAGCGUGCGGAGCAUUUACUCCAAUUAAACGGAGAAAAUAUUUCCGAUAAUCAAACUGUCGACGAACCCGCGUUUUUGAUGAAUAUUAUGAACUUAAAUGAAGAGGUGGAAAGUACCAUGCACGAUAUGGAAAAACUAAGACAACUCGAACAGAAAAAUAAGACAGAAAUCGAAGUUUUAACUAAGGAGAUUGAUAAACAUUUUCAAAACCGCAAUAUAGAAGGAGCAAAAAAGUCGAUAAUCAAAUUAAAAUAUUUCUCAAGUAUUAGCGAUAGAAUUAAUUCGAUAUUGAGAGAAGCUGGAAUAAGUGAAUAAUAUAAAAAAAAUUAGUACUAAAAUAAAUUUUAAACCUAUUAAAA